AUGACAUCGCAAUCGUCUGUCGACCACUCGUUCCGCGCCUUCGUCGAGGCCCUCAAGGCCGAUGGCGACUUGGUUGAGAUCAACACCGAGGUUGACCCUCACCUCGAAGCCGCCGCCAUCACGCGUCUCGUCUGCGAAACCGACGACAAGGCUCCCCUGUUCAACAACCUCAAGGGCAUGACGAAGGACGGUCUGUUCCGCAUCCUCGGCGCCCCAGGCUCCCUCCGCAAGUCCAACAAGGACCGCUACGGCCGUCUCGCCCGCCACCUGGCCCUACCCCCCACCGCCAGCAUGAAAGAGAUCCUCGAUAAGAUGCUCUCCGCCAGCACCAUGACGCCCAUCGAGCCCACCAUCGUCUCAACCGGCCCAGUGAAAGAGCAUUCCCUCGAGGGCGACGAGAUCGACCUCACCAAGCUGCCGGUGCCCAUGAUCCACAAGUCCGACGGCGGCAAAUACCUCCAGACGUACGGCAUGCACAUCGUACAGUCCCCCGACGGUAGCUGGACCAACUGGUCGAUCGCGCGCGCCAUGGUGCACGACCGCAAUCACUUAGUGGGCCUGGUGAUCGAGCCGCAGCACAUCUGGCAGAUCCACCAAAUGUGGAAGAAGGAAGGCAAGGACGUGCCGUGGGCGCUGGCGUUCGGGGUGCCGCCGGCGGCGAUCAUGGCGUCGUCGAUGCCGAUCCCGGAUGGGGUCAGCGAGGCCGGGUAUGUGGGCGCCAUGACGGGGCGGUCGCUGGAGCUGGUGCAGUGCGACACCAACGGACUAUACGUGCCGGCCAACGCGGAGAUCGUGCUGGAGGGCACGCUGUCCAUCACCGAGCGUGCCGAUGAGGGCCCCUUCGGCGAGAUGCACGGCUACGUCUUCCCCGGUGACACCCACCAGUGGCCUGUCUACACGGUCAACAAGAUCACCUACCGCUCCAACCCCAUCCUGCCCAUGUCCGCCUGCGGCCGUCUCACCGACGAGACACACACCAUGAUCGGCGCCCUCGCUGCCGCCGAGAUCCGCAGGAUCUGCCAGGUCGCCGGCCUGCCCAUCACCGACGCCUUCGCCCCCUUCGAGUCGCAGGUCACCUGGGUCGCGCUGAAGGUCGACACCGCCCGUCUGCGUCAGAUGAAGACCACCGCCAAGGAGUUCCGGAAGAAGGUCGGUGAUGUCGUCUUCAAUCACAAGGCCGGCUACACCAUUCACCGCUUGGUGCUGGUCGGCGACGAUAUCGAUGUCUACAACGGCAAGGACGUCAUGUGGGCCUUCUCCACUCGCUGUCGCCCUAACGCUGAUGAGACCUUCUUCGAGGAUGUGCGUGGCUUCCCUUUGAUCCCGUACAUGUCGCACGGCACCGGCUCGCCGGUCCAGGGUGGAAAGGUCGUUUCCGAUGCCCUCAUGCCCACGGAAUACACGAUCGGCGCGGAUUGGGAGGCUGCUGACUUUGAGCACUCUUACCCAGAAGAGAUCAAGGAGAGGGUGAGGGCUAAGUGGGAGGAGAUGGGUUUCAGCAAGCUGGACUAG